UAACUAUUUAUGUAUUUUCUAGAUGGUGAUAUUACAUAGUACAAUUAAGUUGUUCAAACCUCUUCCUUCUUAACUCUCUUUCUUUAGCUUAUUAAUUAGAAGAUAUAUUGUAAGAGAAAUCAAAUGUUGUUUCCAAUGAGGUUUUGUGUAGCUGCUAUGUUAUCAAUGGCUGUGUUAGGAACACUUGGAGCUUCUAUGAACACUGUUGAAGCAAGUCCAGGGCCAAGGAGGAUUCUCUUGGACACAGAUGUUGAUACUGAUGAUUUCUUUGCUCUUCUCUACCUCUUGAAAUUAAACAGAUCACAGUUUCACUUAGAGGCAGUGACCAUCAAUGCAAAUGCUUGGACUAAUGCUGGCCAUGCCGUGAACCAGGUUUAUGAUUUGCUUUACAUGAUGAACAGAGAUGAUGUAGCAGUUGGAAUUGGAGGGGAAGGUGGAAUUCUCCCAAAUGGUACCAUCCUUCCAAAUGUUGGUGGCUAUCUUCCAAUUAUUGAUCAGGGAAUGAGAACAACAGGAGGCUGCAGAUACAGGCAAGCAAUUCCUGUUGGUCUAGGAGGGAGAUUAGAUAUUGAUGCAAAUUUUGGAAUCCGGAAAGCUUUCCUUCCACAGGGCAGAAGGAAAUACACUCCCUUAAGGCAACCAACUUGUCAACAAGUGCUUAUUGACAAAAUAUCUCAAGGUCCUAUAACUUUGAUUGUGAUUGGUGCACAUACCAACUUGGCUAUUCUUUUCAUGACUCAUCCACACCUCAAGAAAAAUGUGGACCAUAUUUACAUCAUGGGUGGUGGUGUAAGGUCAAGAAAUCCAACUGGUUGCUGCCCCAAGAAUGCCUCCUCCGGCUGCGUGGCGCGUCAGUGUGGCGAUCAUGGCAAUUUGUUCACAGACUAUACUAGUAAUCCUUAUGCAGAGUUCAACAUUUUUGGAGACCCUUUUGCAGCAUAUCAGGUGAUUCAUUCUGGUAUCCCUGUGACCCUUGUUCCUCUUGAUGCAACAAACACAAUCCCUAUCACUAGAGAAUUCUUUGAUGAAUUUGAAAAGAGUCAAGACACUUAUGAGGCACAAUACUGCUUCAAGUCCUUGAAAAUGGCUCGAGAUACUUGGUUCGACGACCAAUUCUACACGAGUUAUUUCAUGUGGGAUUCAUUCACAUCUGGUGUGGCAGCCUCAAUCAUGAUGAGUAACUCUAAAGGAGAAAAUGAAUUUGCUGAGAUGGAAUAUAUGAACAUAACUGUAGUUACAUCAAAUAAACCUUAUGGAGUAUAUGAUGGAUCAAACCCAUUAUUUGAUGGCCUCAAAGUUCCUAAAUUCAAUCUAAAGAAAGGUGAUGUGCAUAGUGGUCAUGUCCAAACAGGACUUAGAGAUCCAUUUUGCAUUCUGAAGAAUGGUAAAGGGAAAUGUCAGGAUGGUUAUACAGCUGAGGAAAAUGGUAGAGACUCAGUGAGGGUACUUGUGGCCACAAAAGCUAAGUCUAACCGAGAUGUUAAUAGUUUACUUGACAGAGAAUUUUUCAUAAGCUUCUUGAAUGUUCUAAAGCAAGGAGAAAAUGCAGGGAGGUUCAAUUUCACCUCACAAUUUCCUUACUACAGAGAAGUAACUUACAUGCCAGAUUUUGCAAAUAUAAGACUAGGGAAGGAUGUUGUGUUUGACAUGGACAUGAGUCCUGGAGAUUUUCUUGCCCUAUUUUACCUCCUUAAAGUUCCUGUUCCACUCAUCAACCUUAAGGGAAUAAUAGUGAGCCCAACAGGGUGGGCCAAUGCUGCAACAAUAGAUGUGGUGUAUGACAUAUUGCAUAUGAUGGGCCGUGAUGAUAUCCCAGUUGGGCUUGGAGAUAUGUUUGCUAUGAACCAAUCAGAUCCAAAAUUCUCAGCUGUUGGAUCAUGUAACUAUGCCAAGGCCAUUCCCAAUGGAUAUGGUGGAUUCUUGGACUCUGAUACUCUCUAUGGCUUGGCCCGCCAUCUUCCUCGAAGCCCAAGAAGGUAUACGGCAGAAAACUCCGUAGAGUUUGGGGCUCCAAGGGAUACAGAUCAUCCUGAACUUAGACAACCAUUGGCUAUGGAAAUUUGGGAUUCAAUAUUGCAAGAAACUAAUCCACACUCCAAGAUUACAGUGUUGACCAAUGGACCCCUCACUAAUCUGGCAAAGCUUGUGUCAAUCAGUAACAUAAGCUCUAGAAUUCAGGAGGUUUAUGUAAUGGGGGGACACAUGAGCAAGAAUGGUAGUGACAAAGGAAAUGUCUUUUCCAUCCCUUCAAACCAGUAUGCAGAAUUCAAUAUGUUUCUGGAUCCUUUAGCAGCCAAGACAGUGUUUGAAUCACAAGUUAAUAUCACACUCAUUCCACUAAGUGUUCAACAAAGUGCAACUUCAUUCUCAACUAUUUUGUCUAGCUUCCAUUGCAGACAGAAAACACCUGAAGCUGUGUUUUCCAAGCGCCUCCUUUCAAGGCUACACUAUUUGAAGCAAAUCCACCACAGAUAUCAACAUAUGGACACAUUCCUAGGAGAAAUUCUAGGUGCAGUUGUGUUGGCUAAUGGGCCUUCAAGUAUUGAUGCAAACUUUGAGAUGAAGCCCAUUAGAGUUUUGGCCCAAGGUGAUGAAUCCAUUGAUGGCAUAACAGUGGUGGAUGAGAAACAUGGAAAAUUGGUGAGGAUUCUAAGCCAUGUGGAUGAAAAAGCUUAUCAUUCUUUGUAUGUAAAGAGGCUUGGUGAUCUGAACCAAUCAGCUAAGGUAGCAAGCUUUGAAGAACAGAGGAGACAAUGGAGCCAUCCACAUCCUUGAUAGAGAGAUAGAGAGAGAGGGGAAUUAAACUUGUUUUAUGAUUAUGUGCAAAGAGCAGAACAGAUUUUUAUACAGUAUAGUUUUUAAUUGGGUUAAUUAUUUUGUUGGUAUCUAUCGUUUUAUUAAAUUUAUAAUUAAACUUUUAUACUUUUUCCUUUCAA